AUGGGAAUUGGCGACACAAGUGUGAAAGUCGGUGUUCGUGUUCGACCAUUGUCAGACAAUGAAGUGAAUCACGGUAGUUCGACCUGUUUGUCUUAUCCAAAUGAAGGAAAUCAGCUAAUAAUUGGAAACGACAAGCUUUUUGUCUUUGACUAUGUUUUCAAAGAAACAGAUUCUCAAGAGUAUGUUUACAAAAAGGCUGCACUUCCAAUGGUUGAAAAUAUCCUCAAAGGAUACAAUGCUACUCUGUUUGCCUAUGGUCAAACUGGAAGUGGAAAAACAUAUACAAUGGGUACGUGUAUCUCUGAAAGUGUGGUAGAAGAAUCCGCUGGUAUUGUUCCUCGGAUUAUUAAGGAUUUAUUUGAGAGAAUGCCAAAUUAUGAGUAUGAAUAUACAGUGAAGGUUUCAUUCGUGGAGAUAUAUAAAGAGGAUAUACAUGAUCUGUUAGGCGAAGAUGUAUCUGUAUCCUUACAAAUACGUGAAGAGAAUCAACUUGUUAAGAUCCCAGGCCUAACUGAAACAGUGGUCACAUCUCCGGAAGAAGUUCUUUAUCUUCUUCACUGUGGCUCAGCAAAAAGAAGUGUUGCGAGUACAGCGAUGAACAUAAAAUCCAGUCGCAGUCAUGCAAUUCUUACUCUAUGUUUUUUGUUGCGGCCAAAGAUAACAGAUAUGAAUGGGGAGAAUACAGAAGAUACAUUAACAGCUAAAUUACAUCUAGUCGACCUAGCUCGGUCUGAACGAAUUAAGAAAACACAUGCUGAAGGUGACCGACUUAAAGAAGAUAUCGAUAUAAAUAGAGGAUUGCUUGCCCUUGGUAAUGUAAUAAGUGCUUUAUGCGAACGGGACGCAAAGAAACGAUCGCAUAUUCCAUAUCGCGAUUCACGUUUAACUCGCCUACUUCAAGAUUCGUUGGGCGGGAAUAGUACCACAUUAAUGCUUGCUUGUGUUAGUCCUGCAGAUAUAAAUAUGGAAGAGACAUUGAACACACUUCGAUAUGCAGAUCGAGCACGUUUAAUUAAAAAUAAACCAAUUUUAAAUCGUGCUGAUCCUAAAGAUGCUGAACUUGCUAAACUGCGUGUUUUGGUUGCUCAAUUACAAGCACGAUUAGCUAACAAUUCCUCUUGUUUUCCAUUACUCAGUCCUUGUCCAAAAACAAUUAUUAAACCAUUAUCUACUACUACUACUAUUAAUAAUAAUUCUACUAACAGUCAUUUUUCUUCAGAAUUAGUUACAAAUCUCAUGAAUAAAAAUAAAAAGUUAGAGAGUGAGAAGCUUCUGCUUUGUGCAGAAUUAGAUCAUAUUGUCGAACAAAUGCAGGAAUUAUACAAAAAUCGUUCCGACGCUGAUCAUUUACAUGAUACAGUAAUUUCUGAACUCCAAAAAAUCGAAUCAAUUCUCAACUCCUUAAAUCAAUUUGUUAGAGAUAAAUUCAAUGAAUAUCCUGAACUGAUUAGUUAUAUUCAAGAAUUGGAAGAUAUCCUAACUGGAUUGAUAAAACUUUAUAAUGAGUCGAAUAAAAUGAAAGACAUUCAAUCUCGUCUUGAAGCUGCCAACGAAGAGAUUGACAAGUUGAAAAAAGAAAACGCUGAAUUACGAGAAGUUUCGAAAAUUCAGCGCGAUAAUUUAAUGACAAUAAGAUCAUUGAUUACAUCAAAAUCUAAUGCAGAUUCACAUACACGUCGAUGUAAAUGCCGAGGGACAUGUCAAGCACGGUGUAGUUGUAGACGUUCUGGUCGUCCGUGUGUCCCAUUGCGUUGUUACUGCGUUUCAGGUGUAUGCAAAAAUCGUUCAGAUUCAUCAUCGCAAAACAGUCAAAUAGUCAGUUCAGUCGAAAAUCCUGCAACAGUUAUGGGACCACCAUCUGGAUUUCCCGUUAUAUUACGUCCCAAACGUAAAACUCGUGCAUUAUAA